CUCAACAGGGUGCACACAAUGGCAACUCUGGGCCACUAACAGCGGGCAACAUACACACACACAGUUUGACAGUUAACAUCAUUCUUUAUUUUAUUUUUUGGCAUACUCACGUAGUUUAAUUCAACGCAAAAUUUUGUAUAUGCAAAAGGGGACGUAACGUUAUUCAAGUACAAGGUAUGUGCACGACGCUAUUUAUUCGAAAAACACUUGAAUCGCGGAAUUGCGUCGAAACGGGAACAUUACGAAAAUGAUGUAAAAGAAAACUCUCAAGUAGCGAGCUCCAAAGCACUUCUUAUGUGUGUGUUGUAUUGUGUGUGUGUUUGUGGAAAUUAACGUAGUGUGAAGAAGUGGAAGAAGGAAAAGCGACAAACGACAACAAAAACAACACAAACGACAAUUGCAAUCCAAGGCAAACAACAAACAGCAGCAGCAGCAGCGCAUCGAAGGCCACACAGUCCCGUGCCCGGAGGACAAACAGGAACCCCGCCUGCCAGCCUCGAAUCUUUGUGGCAGCGGCGGCCAUUUCCAUUGCCUGUACUGUGUGCCGUGUGCUGUGGGCAGUGUAGAACGACCGGACGAUCAUGGAGGAGAAGCGCAUCGCCGACUAUUUUGUGGUGGCCGGAAUGCCAGAGCAGCCGCAGCUGCUGCAGGAGAACAUAUUCAACGAUUCGGGACGACUGAGGGCGGCCAGCACCAUCGAACCGAUUACAGACAUUGGCGUCUUCUUUCCGCUGCUGGGCGAGGAGGUGCCCGAGGGCUAUGAGCUGCUCGAACAGACGCCCACCGGCCUGCCGGCGAACCUCAAUCAUGGCUCUGUCCGCACCACAGAGUGUUAUAUAUACUUUCGUCGUGGCAAGGAUCGCCCACCACUUGUUGACAUAGGUGUCCUAUACGAUGGCCAUGAGCGCAUCAUGUCGGAUGCCGAGAUUGUGGCCAAAACACCAGGCGGACGUGUGGCCAAUGUGAACAAUUCGUCGGCAAAGACCUUCCUCACGUAUCGUCGGGCACGCGGCGACAUGCCCUGCAACGAGCUGGUGGUCACCGAACUCUGCGUCAUCGUCCAGAGCAAGGGAGAGCGGGCGCCGCACGCCUUCUGCCUGAUCUACAAGACUUUGAACAAGGGCUAUGUGGGCAGCGACGUCUAUCUGUGCUACAAGAAGUCCAUGUACCGCCCGAAGCACAUCAGCUACAAGCCGGAGAUCCUGCUGCGCUAUCCCACAGUCGACCACAACGAUUUCCCCCUCAAUUUGUGCCCCAGCGUGCCGCUCUUCUGCCUGCCGAUGGGCGCCUCCCUGGAGGCCUGGCCCCACGUCAAUGGCUCCGAGAAGCGCAAGCCCAUCAGUCCGGUGUUCAGCACAUUCGUGCUGACUGUCAGCGAUGGUACCUACAAGGUCUAUGGCUCGGCCCUCACCUUCUACGAGGAUUUCGAUGAAUCGCAGCUGUCCGCAGAGCAGCGGGAGCAGCUCGGAUGGGAUGAGGAAUUCGGUGCGCAGCAUUCGCUGCACAUGAUUAAGGCGAUCUGCCUGCUGUCGCACCAUCCCUUUGGCGACACCUUUGACAAAUGGCUCAAGUAUCUGCAUCGCAUGGUAUUGUAUGGCGUCAAUAUACCCAUACCCGUGGAGCGCUACAUAACCCAACUGCUGGACGAAGUGCCCUUCCCGGCACCGAGCAUACACCUGCAGCUGUCCAGCGAGUCGAAUGACCGGAUAUUGCUCACCCAGCCGGAGGAUUCGCCCCUGCCACGCAGUGGCGCUGGCUUCCACAUGCUGCUGCAGAAUCUGGGCACCGACAAUUGUUUGCAUGUGCUGCUGCUGGCCCUCACCGAGCAGAAGAUACUCAUACAUUCACUGCGACCUGCCACUCUGACGGCCGUGGCCGAGGCCAUCGUUUCGCUGCUGUUCCCGUUCAAGUGGCAGUGCCCCUACAUACCGCUGUGUCCCCUGGGCCUAGCCGAGGUGCUGCACGCCCCGCUGCCGUAUCUGAUUGGUGUCGAUUCGCGUUUCUUUGACCUCUACGAGCCGCCCACGGAUGUCACCUGCAUUGAUCUGGACACCAACAACAUAAGCUUGUGCGAAUCACAGCGCCAUUUGUCGCCGAAGCUGCUGCCGAAGCGUGCCGCUCGACUGCUCCGCCAGACGCUCACCGAACUGGAGAAUGCCAAGCCCAUAAGCUAUGACUCGACCAACAGCCUGGACCGUGACAUACGCAAGCGGAAGCGGGAGCUGGUGCUGGAGCAGCGCAUCCAGGAGGCCUUUCUCCUGUUCAUGGCCUCGAUAUUGCGUGGCUAUCGGGACUAUUUGGUGCCCAUAUCGAAGGCACCAUCGGUGGGGGCCACCGAUCCGAGUGCCUUAUUCCAGCUGAAGGCCUUUCUGCGUUCGCGCGAUAAGUCGCACCAGAAAUUCUUUGAGCUGAUGAUGAAAACGCAGAUGUUUAUACGCUUCAUUGAGGAGCGAUCGUUUGUGUCCGAUGGCGACCAUGGGCUCAGCUUCUUCGAUGAGUGUGCCGAGAAGGUGGGCAACUACGACGAGACGCCCGCCCAGCUGCAUUUGGUGGACUGGGACACGGGCCAGAGCAGCGAGCGAACCAAGUAUAUUUUCCCCCCAGACAGCGUGACCUCAGCAGGAUCAGCAGCAGGAGCAGCAGCGGGAGGGGCAUCAAUAAAUGGGGCGGGGGCAUACACCUACACCUACAAGAACUUUACGCUGCAGCCAGAGCUGCUGCAGACCGGCCGAAAGACGACCAUGUCCAAGUUCGUGCAGCUGCAGCUGAACGCCUCGCUGUCGCCGGGCUCCCCGAUUGCGCGCCGCACCAAGCACGAGGUGAAGCUGUCGCAGAAGAUGGCCAGCCGCUGUCAGCAGCAUCCGGAGGCGUGGUCCAAGUACCUGCUGGCCACCUGCUACUCGCUGUACUUCCUCAUCCUGCCCUCGAUGGUGAUCGAUCCGAGGCAUGCCGGCAAGGAGCACGACAUCCUGCGCGCCGCCUACGAUGUGCUGGUGCGGGCCAGCAAGCUGAAGAUCACCUGCGACGAGUUCUGCUACCGCAUCAUGAUGCAGCUGUGCGGCAUCCACAAUCUUCCGGUGCUGGCCGUCCGCCUGCAUUAUCUGAUGAAGCGUUCGGGCGUCCAGCCCAAUGCCCUCACCUACGGCUUCUACAAUCGCUGCGUCCUGGAGUCCACGUGGCCCAGCGACAGCACCACGCUCAGCCAGAUCCGAUGGAACCGCAUCAAGAACGUCGUUCUGGGCGCCGCCCAGUUCCGUCGAGCGGGCAAGCAGCGGGCCGCCGCCAAGGUGUGCAAGUCCCUGAGUACCUCGCACGACCAAAACCUGAGCACCCUGGAGACCGUCGACGGGCACCAGUCGCGCACCAGCCUGGCCUCCUCCUCGGGCGACACUCACGGCGGCCUCCUCGACUUUGCCGCCUUCGAUCGGCUCAGGAACAAACUGGGCAGCAUUGUGCGCCAGACGGUGGCAGGCGGAGCCAGCGAAUCGCUGCCCACCGAGGAUAUGGUGAACAGUUCCGCCGGACUGCUCAUCAAGGCCGGAGAGCCGAGUGCACCGCACACGCCCACGUAUGGUGGCGACACCGAGAUCCUGGCCAAGGCGUUACAGCAGCAGCAGCCGCCGCCGCGCAAGCAGAUCAUGAGCAUCGGUGGCGGCGACGAUGAGGAAGAGGAGGAGGACGAUGAGUAUGCAGGAGCCUCACCAAUCACACCGCAAAACCUCUCGGAAUCGGUGGUCGAUGAUCUGCACUACACUGGCGGCGACUACGAGGCCGAUGAGGAGGAGGAGGACGACGACGACGACGAUGAUGAUGAGGAUCAGUGUGUGUCGGGCGCCCAGAAGGCGCAUCAGCGUGUGCAGAGUCCCACCAAAAUAUCUCCUCGCACGCCAGUGACCCAGAAUGAUCCGCUGGGCGCCCUGAACGAGGAGGACUCCUCCACGAGCACGCCCACACAGCAGAAGCAGGAGGGGCUGCAGGAACAGGAGCACUCGCAGCAGCAGUCGCAGCCGGAUGGCAACAUCUACAGCGACAAGCCGAUCCUGUUCAGGGGACAGCGCAGUGCCACCUUCGAUGAGUCGACGCAGAUCGGGAAGAGCAUGCACCGGUCGGAGACGAUGCCGGUGGCCAGCAGUGGGGUGACCCACAGCCUGGCCAAUAUCGGAUCAUCGCUGAAGUUUACAUUCGGACGUUAUUCACCCGCACGAUUGUACCUUAAGAAAGACUUGAAAUUGCCCGCCAAUAUAAUAGAAAAUAUAUCGAGCAUAAGUCCCAGUCUGACGGGAAGGAAGUCCAACGAACUGAUCCAGGGAUCCCUGAGCAGCAUCAAGUACGCGGCCAACUCGCUGACCAAGAAGUUCGACGAGAUCAAGGGCGCCAUAUCGGCCAAUUCGACGCCAACGAAAACGAACAAUGGCCACCAACAUGCCCUGCCCCACCAUCCGCACCACCACCACCAUCAUCAUGGUGCGCAUCCGCAUCACCAGCAGCAGGAGCAGGAGGAGCACGAUGCGUCCGUCGACGAGGGCAAACUGAGGCGCGUCUCCAGCGACCUGGAUCCCUGGGGCAGGCUGAGCGAGUCGCGCAAAUCCAGCUACAACAAUCUGGUGCCCCUGGGCGAGAAUAGCCCCAGCGGCGCCCUGCACAUGCACGCGUUUCCGGCUCUGCCCGACAACCUGUACAGUCCCAUGACAGAGGGCUCCAUGGAGCGUGACUGCGAUGUGCUCAUCCAACUGACGACCUGCUCGCAAUGCCACAACUGCUCGGUGCUGGUGUACGAUGAGGAGAUCAUGAGCGGCUGGACGGCGGAGGAUUCCAAUUUGAAUACCACCUGCCAUGCCUGCAACAAGCUCACCGUUCCCUUCCUCAGCGUGCAGAUAGUCCGCGUGGAAGACGCGGAGUCGUCCAGCGAACAGCAGGCGAAUGGAAAGAGCAGCGCAUGUGAGAAUGGUGGCCAAGAGACCAGCUUAACAGUGCCGUAUCUGAAUCCGUUGGUGCUGCGCAAGGAGCUGGAGAAUAUACUCACGCAGGAGGGAGAUAUGGCGCUGAUCAAGCCCGAGUUUGUCGAGGAGCAUCCCAUUAUCUAUUGGAACCUGCUGUGGCUAAUGGAACGCAUCGAAAGCAAGACCCAUCUGCCAGAGCUUUCUCUGCCGGUGCCGCUCGAUAAGGAGCAAUUGGAUCCGCUCACCAAGGUGAAGACGGUGCACAUCCAGUGCUUGUGGGACAAUCUCAAUCUGCACAACGAGACCAGCGGCCCGCCCAUGUAUAUACUGUACAGGGAGACGCAGCCCACGAGUCCCCUGAUCAAGGCCCUGCUCACCGAUCAGGCGCAGCUCAACAAGAAUGUCAUUCAGCAAAUCAUUUCGGCCAUACGAUGCAAUGAUCUGGCCACGCCUUUGAAGCGUCUGGCCAACGAGCGGCACAAGCUGAAGAGCAAUGGUGUGGAACGGUCGCAUUCCUUCUACCGGGACAUACUCUUUCUGGCCCUCACGGUCAUCGGUCGCUCGAAUGUCGAUUUGGCCACAUUCCAUCGCGAGUACGCGUCCGUCUUCGAUAAGCUGACGGAGCGCGAAUGCAAUAUGUAUUACCGCAAUCAGGAUCUGCCGCCCUCGGCCUCGACGAUCUUCUGUCGGGCCUAUUUCCGACCCCUGCUGCUGCCCUGACGCACUCGAGAUGGCGGCUAUACUGCUUCCGAUCCCGAUCCCGAUCCAGAUCCAGAUUUUGAUCCAGAUUCCGAUCUGAGUGAUGAGAAAACGGACGAAGACCGAGACGCAGAUGCAGACGCAGAUGCCGAUGCAGACGAAGAGGACGGAAACGGAGAUACGGAUGAGUGACCGUGAAAGGAUAAGACGACCAAAAAACAACUUGAAAGAAGAGUAACUUUGACAACAACAAAACGCUUAUCAUAUACGACAGACACGACACUCUAACACUGACACACACACACACACACACACCUUAUUCUUCUUUUUAAGUACUUAAAUUAACAUUUUCGUUGCACUUGAAGCGAUGGCAGCAGACAAGUCCGUUUUAGUCUGUGUGCUCCAUCCCCAAAUCGACUGGUUUCUGUGACAAUAUACACAAACACACACAUCAAAUGCCCCACACACCACACCCAAAACAGUGCGUUUCAAGCCCGACGCCCCCAACUUGACCAUAUUAUUUUUUGUUCGGAUUUAAAUUAGCUUAAUUAUUGGUUUCCGUUCGUUCGUCCUGAACCUCUUGUUUAUUAGUGUACAGUUUUAGUGUUUCUGUUAAAGUGUUCCCAGUGUUUAGCUCUGGUUCUGAUAGUUCUGGCUCUGGCACCGCCUGAUCUUCGCUCAGUUUUUGAAUAAACACGAAGCAUGAUUCGGUUUACCUUUUGCCUGAACCUGCCCUACAUUGCUGAAACGUACUGUAUACACAAACAAAAUGAGAACCUUACUUGGAUACGUGUUUUCCUCACAUUUACAUGAUUCAAACUCUCGACCCUCGUCAUAUUUGCCUUAUUAUAUAUAAUAUAACGAUAACGAUAACGAUGCAUAUGUGUAUUAGAUGUAUAUGCAUAUGUAUGUGUGUGAUCUGGAAUAUCAUUGAUAGCAUUGUGAGAAAGUCCCCUCCCCCACGCGGUCCUCGAUCCUCAGUCCUCAGUCCACACUCUGCCUGCAUCCGCCCUCCAGUUAUUUCAAAAAUAACUAGCUAUUUUUUUUUUGUUUGGUGUAGAUCCUGAGAUUUUCUCACAAUGCAACGCUCUCGAAACGAGUCUCUUAGUUAGCUUAGCGAACUUUUGGCUGCGGUUAGCAGGGGGGGGUUUUGUGGGAAGGGAUAUAUGGAAUAUAUAUGGGAUUGGGCAUUGGUAUUGGUAUUAUUUAGGGGAAAAACAAAAUGAAAUGGAACGAAAUGAGAGGAAUGGAAUGGAAACAAUUAAACAUCGACUAAACACUAGCAAUAAUUUAUGAAUAAAUCGUAAAUAAAUGUAGAUGGAAUGUUUUUACAGUCCACGUUUUUAAA